AAUCAUAAACACACCCCGCGCGCACAGUGCUCCUCUCUCUCUCUCUCUCUCUCACACACACACACACACUCAAGGUGUAGUAGCAUCGUCGCGAACACAGGUCACCGACUUCCGGUGACAGAUGGCCCCACCGAAGCGGGCGGCGCGUGCAGUAUCGCAGCAGGCGUUCGACGAAAUGGUGCAGGAAAACAUAGACGAUCUCGGUAUGGACCCCACUGAAGCUCUCGAGGACGCAAUCCAGACCCUCACUCUUCAAGGCGUCGAUCUCUCCGGUAUUGUGACAUGCGUUCCGGGAGAAAGCAAUCCGGUGAUGGAGUGUUUGGGGAAACUGAGAGAAGAGAAGAAAUUUCUGGAAAUUGUGGAACUGCUAGAUGAAUUGAGUAUUCUGUGCAGCGAUUUAGCAUCGGGGAAUGCAGCUAUUGCCACAAAAAAUGGAGCUGUGGAGUUGCUGAUUUCCAUUUGUUCGAAGCUGCGCGACGAGCGUGAUCGGGGUUUGGCUUCAGGGCUGACCGCCAUGGCUUCUGUGAUUCAUGAUCUACAAAGUUCUGAAAUAUUCAAGGAGAAUGGUGGCCCUAAAAUUGUUGUAAAUAUCAUAAUCGACGAAGCAAAAGAUGUGAAAAUCUUGAAUGGUUGUUUCUCAGUAGUUGCUGCAGCUGCAACUGGAAACGAAGUUCUCAAAGAGUCAUUCAUGGACCUUAAAAUUGACGAGUUAAUAGUCAAGAUCCUGAAAGAACAAAACGGAGGGAAUAUUCCCAGCAUAUUUGAUGCUAUACGAGUCAUCUUGUCAUCUGAUGACAAUCGAGUUUUAGCCUCACAAGUAUUUGGUUAUGCUAGAAAAUUUUCCAAGUUAGGGAUAGCAGAAGUUCUUGUGGAUUCAGUUCGUGAAGGAAUCAGUUCUCCCUGUCUAAUAUCGGCUAGCAUUGCUUUGAAAGCUGUGGCUGUCAGCGAUGAGAUUUGCAGGUCCAUUGCUUAUAGUGGGGGUAUAGAUGUAAUUCUCCAGUGUAUUGACGAUAGUGGUCUGCAGCGAAAUGACGAGGUGGCAAGAGCAUGCUGCUCUUUGUUGUCUAAGCUUGCAGGAAGUGAUGCGAACAAGAGCACGAUUGUUGAAAAGGGUGGAAUGGACAGGCUUAUAAAUCUUUCAGCAAGAUUCUCCGAUGAUUCUUCUGUGCUGCAAGAGAUCAUGUCCAUUAUAUGUACUCUCUGUUUGAGGUCCCCUGAGAAUGCAGCACGUGCGAUCGAAUCUGGAGUUGGAGACUUUGUUGUUCAAGCUAUGCAGAAGUUUCCAGAAUCAGAUCUGCUGCAAAGGCACUCGUGUUUCAUGAUCAGGAAUCUUGUGGCUAGAAAUCUUGAGAAUAGAAAGAUUUUACUUGCUAUUGGCAUCGAGGAAUUAAUCAGACGAGCGAAGCAAAGGCAUAAGGGAUGCAAAGAUGCAGCCACGGAUGCGUUAAGGGAUUUAGGAGUCGAUAAUUAUAACUCCUGAAGCUGAGAAACAAAUCAGGUUCUACUAAAUCAAUUCAUACCUUUUUUUCUCCGUUUUCUUUUUGGCUGAAUUGUUGCAUUAAAGUCGCGUAUUUUUUCAUAUUUUUAUGUAUCCUAUUCUGUGAUAUGCUUUCUCCUCAUAUGGAUUCAUGUGUAACAGACUCGAACUUCUCUGCAUACAAAUUAUGAUUGGAUUAGAAAAAGAAAAUGUUAUUUAAGGUUUUAAAUU